CUCUCUCACGCAUGCUUCAAAGAGAAGAGAUCCUCGCACCCUAUGUGUAGAGAUUGUUAAGCCUAUAGCAACGCAACAUUAUACAUCACAGAAUAUUUUUUGGUUUUUGCCUAGGCUUCUUUCUCUCAAAAACAGGACAGUGAGGAAAAACAGAGAAAAUGGAAGCUUUUUACUAUCUGGUUUUUGGGGCAUUAAGUGCUGUAGUUUUAGGAAUUGAGCUAAGCAAGACAACAAAAGAUCGAAUCAAUACAUCUCCUGCUUUCAAUUCUUUCAAGAACAAUUACCUUGUUGUUUACUCUCUUAUGAUGGCUGGUGAUUGGUUGCAAGGUCCAUAUGUUUACUUCCUUUACACUACGUACGGCUUUGGGAAAGGGGAUAUUGGGCGGCUGUUUAUUGCUGGUUUCGGGUCCUCCAUGCUGUUUGGGACAAUUGUUGGAUCGUUGGCUGAUAAACAGGGUCGAAGGAGGGCAUGUGUGACUUAUUGCAUUACCUAUAUACUGAGUUGCAUUACCAAGCAUUCUCCUCAGUACAGAAUUUUAAUGAUAGGCCGUAUCCUGGGAGGUAUCGCCACUUCUCUCUUAUUUUCAUCAUUUGAGUCAUGGCUGGUUGCGGAACACAAUAAGAGGGGCUUUGAGCAACAAUGGCUAUCACUGACAUUUUCAAAGGCGAUUUUUCUGGGAAAUGGUCUUGUGGCAAUUUUGUCUGGAUUGUUUGGAAACCUUCUUGUAGAUACAUUUCAACUUGGUCCUGUGGCUCCUUUUGAUGCUGCUGCAUGCUUUCUUGCAAUUGGAAUGGCUAUUAUUAUGUCAUCAUGGUCAGAGAACUAUGGAGAUCCUUCAGAAAACAAGGACUUGCUUGCCCAAUUUAGGGGUGCUGCUGUGGCCAUUGCUUCUGAUGAAAAAAUUGCUUUGCUGGGUGCCAUUCAGUCUCUGUUUGAAGGUUCUAUGUAUACCUUUGUGUUCCUUUGGACACCAGCUUUGAGCCCAAAUGAUGAAGAGAUUCCUCACGGAUUUAUUUUUGCUACAUUCAUGUUGGCCUCAAUGUUGGGAAGCUCUCUUGCAUCUCGGUUGAUGGCCCGCUCAUCACCCAGAGUAGAGAGCUACAUGCAGAUUGUUUUUGUUGUUUCAUCAGCCUCUCUUUUGCUUCCUAUUGUAUCCAGUUUCUUAGUGCCACCUCCUAAAGAGAAAGGUGAAGGCAUCUCAUUCUCAGGCUGUCUCCAGAUACUCGGCUUCUGUACCUUUGAGGCUUGUGUAGGGAUAUUCUGGCCUUCCAUUAUGAAGAUGAGGUCCCAAUACAUUCCUGAGGAGGCCAGGAGCACCAUCAUGAACUUCUUCCGCAUUCCACUCAAUAUCUUUGUUUGCAUUGUUCUGUACAAUGUUAAUGCUUUCCCUAUCACCAUUAUGUUCGGCAUGUGCUCGAUUUUCCUCUUCAUGGCAUCUAUCUUGCAGAGGAGGCUCAUGAUGAUUGCAGACAAGCCAAAGACAGAAGAGUGGUCGAUGAAGGAAAGGGAUACCGAGGCAGAGCCGCUAAACAUCUGAUUAAUCUCUACACAGUAGACCGGAGAUUUUUGGAAACAACCAUCCAAGUCAUUCUAUACAUUUGCUGUGCUUCCAACUAGAUGUGAUUUAGCCUUGAAAUUUAACAAGGAGACUAUAGUGGUCUGUCCUUCAAAGAAAAAGGAGAUACAAAUAUUUCUCUUGAGCUUCUAUAAUUAUCAUUCUUUUUUGGCUGUCACCUGUUUGACAGAGUAGUGUAUUAGCAGUCUUUUCUUUCAUCCCCUCCUUGCUUGUUAGGAAUUUGACAUGUCUCCAAAGUAAUUCAUGUUAUUCUUCUCAAAGCUUGGUCUAUAAUUUUGUAUCUACUGCAAGUGUAUCUGGCUUCUUAAUAGACUCGCCUGCUUUUUCAUU